CUCUGUCCUUCCACCGGGCUAUAAAGUCAUUUCUAACACCACCUGGCCCAACAUCAUUGAACCCCACCAGGGAACCCGGUUGGGUUUCCAUAUUACAUCUCUGGAGGGAGGUAUUAUUUUUCCUCUCCGCCCCCUCCUUAUUGAAAUCUGUAACAAGUUCAAGAUUUUGCCCGGCAAGCUUACUCCAAAUGCUCACCGGUUCUUGAAUUGUUUCGUAAAUAUCUGUGAACAUUUGAAAAUCGACCCUUCCCUUCAUCUUUUCCUCCACAUGUACGAAGUCUUGCCCGGGACUAGUAAUUGCCCGGGCUUUGUUUAUUUUCAUUCACGUAAUAAGAGGAGUUUUGUCACCGGUCUUCCCCCUAGCCACAAAAGAUGGAAGAAGAAAUUUGUUUUUGUUGAAUUCCCCCCUGACCAAUUUCCUCUCUCAAACCCUGAGUGGGCUGACCGGGUUAUAAAACCUGAAAGGGUUCAACCGGAGCCCACUAAAGAUCUUGAGGACGCCUGCGAGAAACUUCUCAAGGGUGAUCCUGUAACCGGGAAACCUUAUGCCUAUGGGGGCUGGGUAUUCCGGCAAGCUAACCCGGAUGGGGGUGCGUCUGCGACCCAUGACGCUGAGGAUAACCGGGCUGAUUCCCCGGAUGGUCACGCUGAGGCCGGCUCUCCUCAUCCAGACAUGAACUUCAACAGGAUGACCACCAUCAUUGAGGAUGACGACAAUGAUGUCCAAGUCCUCCACUCCAACCGGUCUCCUCUCUCUAACUCUCCUGGAAUGGAUGGGGCCACAAGUGCCCGGUGUAGCCCUAUCCAUGAGCAGAGCCAGAAGCUGAAAUCUCCUUCAGCUAGGCAUCACUCUGAGGUUGACCGGGCUAAUCCCCCCCAAAGUCCCGGUCCAAUCAGGGGAGGCAAGAAGAGGAAGAUUAGCUUAUCAGACAGGGAGGGGGAAACCAUCGAAGAAGCCUUCCUAUCCCUGGCCAAAAAACUCCGCAAGGCCGGGGUCAUUUCAGAGGAGAUUGGCCAAACAUUAAAGGAGAAGGACCAGGUCUCCCAACUCACCCUCCUCCUUGAUUCUGCUAAGUUAGAGAUCAAUGACCGGGCAGAAAGGGAGAGGAGACUUGAGGAAGAGUUGAAGGAAGAAAGGGCCCGGUUUGCUCUUCUGGAGGAGGAAAAGAAGAGAAAGAUCGCCGAGCUCGAGGAUGCGCUGGGCCAGGCUGAAGAAUCUGCCCGGGCAAAGGAGGAGGCCUUUCCUUCUGAAGCUGCUGACUGGGCUGCGCGCCAUCACACGGAGACUUCUGAAGAGGGAUCCUUCCUUUGACCCGGCCAAAAUGAAGCUUCCAGCCCUCU